GCGGGGGGCGCCCUGGUGCCCGGCGGGCGCAGCGCGGCGCAGUGCGCGGCCGCGGGAGGCGGCGGGGCUGCGGGCGGCGCCGCUCGCUGCCUGCCCGGUGCCCGGUGCGCGGUGCGCGGUGCGCGGCCAUGAACAGCAUCAAGAACGUGCCGGCGCGGGUGCUGAGCCGCCGAGGCGGGCACAGCCUGGAGGCGGAGCGGGAGCAGUUCGACAAGAGCCAGGCCAUCAGCAUCAGCAAGGCCAUCAACGCGCAGGAGGCGCCGGUGAAGGAGAAGCAUGCCCGCAGGAUCAUCCUGGGGACCCACCACGAGAAGGGCGCCUUCACCUUCUGGUCCUACGCCAUCGGGCUGCCGCUGCCCAGCAGUGCCAUCCUCAGCUGGAAGUUCUGCCACGUCCUGCACAAGGUGCUGCGCGAUGGCCACCCCAACGUCCUGCAGGACUGCCAGAGGUAUCGGAGCAACAUCCGGGAGACGGGAGACCUCUGGGGCCACCUGCACGACAGGUACGGGCAGCUGGUGAGCAUCUACGCCCGCCUCCUCCUCACCAAGAUCUCCUUCCACAUCAAGCACCCUGAGUUCCCCCCGGGCCUCGAAGUGACGGACGAGGUGCUGGAAAAGACGGCGGGGACCGACGUGAAUAACAUCUUCCAGCUGACGGUGGAGCUGUUCGACUACCUGGACUGGGAGCUGAAGCUGUCGGAGUCGGUGUUCAGGCAGCUGAGCGCGGCGGCGGCCGUGUCGCAGAUGUCGGCGGUGCAGUGCCGCCUGGCACCGCUCAUCCAGGUCAUCCAGGACUGCAGCCACCUCUACCACUACGCCGUCAAGCUCAUGUUCAAGCUGCACUCGUGUCUGCCGGCCGACACGCUGCAGGGGCACCGCGACCGCUUCCACGAGCAGUUUCGCAGCCUCAAAAACUUCUUCAAGAGGGCGUCCGACAUGCUGUACUUCAAGCGGCUCAUCCAGAUCCCCCGGCUGCCGGAGAGCCCCCCCAACUUCCUGCAGGCCUCUGCGCUGGCCGAGCACGUGAAGCCGGUGGUCGUCAUCCCCGAGGAAGCCCCCGAGGACGAGGAGCCGGAGACGCUGAUCGAGAUUGGCACGGCCACUGCUGUGGAGCAGCUGGUGGGACAGGCGGUCACCUCAGAUAUAUUCGAGCAAACCUUCAGGCCACCCAACGGCAUCCGCGAUGACAGGGACGCGCAGAUCGAGAGCCUGAAGAAGGAGGUGGACAUGCUUCGCGCGGAGAUGGAGAAAAUGAAACUGGAGGCGCAGCGCUACGUCACGCAGCUCAAGGCGCAGGUGAACAGCCUGGAGGGCGAGGUGGAGGAGCAGCGCAAGCAGAAGCAGAAGGCGCUGGUGGACAACGAGCAGCUGCGGGACGAGCUGGAGCGGCUGCAGCGGGCCAAGCAGGACGGCGACCGCUCGCAGCGCCUCUACCUCGAAGCCGAAAGGAAAGCCAGCGCCACGGAGCUGCGCUACGCCAAGCUGAAGGAGAAGCACAGCGAGCUCAUCAACACGCACGCCGAGCUGCUGAGGAAGAACGCCGACACCGCCAAGCAGCUGACGGUCACCCAGCAGAGCCAGGAGGAGGUGGCACGCGUCAAGGAGCAGCUGGCCUUCCAGGUGGAGCAGGUGAAGCGCGAGUCGGAGAUGAAGCUGGAAGACCAGAGCCUGCAGCUGGAGCAGCUGCGGCAGGAGCUGGAGGCCCGGAAGGAGGAGCUGAGCCAGGCCCAGCAGUCCCUCAGCCACGCCAAGCAGGCGGGCUCGGAGCUGGGCGCCCGGGUGGAGGCCCUGCAGGAGGAGAAGGAGCUGCUGCGGCGCUCGGCGAGCGAGAAGGAGUGCGAGCUGCUGGCAGCGCAGGGGCUGCUCCGGGAGCAAGAGCUGCAGCAGAGCCGGGAGGCCGAGCGGGCCGCCGGCGAGGUCCGCGAGCUGCACGGGCGGCUGCUGGAGAAGAGCAACCAGGAGCAGCGCCUGCAGCAGAAGCUGCUGGACGAGCAGUUCGGCGUCUUGCAGGAGGCCGUGCGGGAGGCCGCCGCCGUCGUGCGGGACGCGGUGGCCAAGCUGGACGACCCGCUGCACAUCUGCUGCACCAGCUCCCCAGAUUACCUGCUCAGCCGGGCGCAGGCGGCCCUGGAGUCCACCAGCGCCCUGGAGAAGGGGCACGCGCGCUACGUGGCCACCGCCGCAGAUGCCACCGGGCUGGUGGGGGCCUUGGCCCUCUUCUCGCACCUCACCGCCGACACCAUCGUGAACGGCAGCGCCACGUCCCGCCUGGCUCCCCCGGACCACGCCGACCGGCUGACGGAGACCUGCCGCGACUGCGGCCAGCGGAGCCUCGACUACCUGGGCGAGCUGACGGACCGGCAGUCGCUGAGCCGGGCCGAGCUGGCGGGCGUCCGGACGGCACUCCAGGGCAUCCUCCAGCUGGCCCAGGAGCUGAGACCCAAGAGCUUGGACAUCAAGCAAGAGGAGCUGGGGGACAUGGUUGAGAAGGAGAUGGCCUCUACCUCGGCAGCUAUCGAAGAUGCUGUUAGGCGGAUAGAGGAGAUGAUGAGUCAGGCCAGGAACGAAAGCUCUGGUGUCCAGCUCGAGGUGAACGAGAGAAUCCUGAACUCCUGCACAGACCUGAUGAAGGCAAUUCGACUUCUUGUAAUGACAUCCACAAGCUUGCAGAAGGAGAUAGUAGAAAGUGGCCGGGGGGCAGCAACGACGCAGGAGUUUUACGCCAAGAACUCGCGCUGGACCGAGGGGCUGAUCUCGGCCUCCAAGGCGGUGGGCUGGGGCGCCACGCAGCUCGUGGAGGCGGCGGACCGCGUCGUGCUGCGCACGGGCAAGUACGAGGAGCUCAUCGUCUGCUCCCACGAGAUCGCCGCCAGCACCGCCCAGCUGGUGGCUGCCUCCAAGGUGAAAGCCGACAAGAGCAGCAGGAACUUGGGCAAGCUGCAGGAGUGCUCGCGGGGCGUCAACGAGAUGGCCGCCAACGUGGUGGCCUCCACCAGGUCAGGCCAGGAGCAGAUCGAGGAGAAAGACACCAUGGACUUCUCGGGCAUGUCGCUCAUCAAGCUGAAGAAGGAGGAGAUGGAGGCGCAGGUGAAGGUGCUGGAGCUGGAGAAGCGGCUGGAGGGGGAGCGCCUGCGCCUGGGCGAGCUGCGGCGGCGGCACUACGCCCUGGCCGGCGGCUGCGGCGGGGACGAUGACGAGGGCGACGAGGCCAAGCCGGCGCCGGCGCCCCGCCGGGGCAUCCUGAAGAAGCCGCCGCUGGCCCAGAAACCCGGACAGCGGCAGAAGCAGGACGGCGAGCUGGAGCAAGAUGCCGGCCUUUUCCAGGCUCACGUCGCAAACUUCUAGGAGGGAGAGGAGCCAGCGCCGCGGGCGGCUGGGUCUGCCUUCCUCCGCCACGCGCCGCUCCUCGCCGCCGGCCCGUCCGGGUCGGAGGGGUCCCUGGGCCUCGGUGCCGCCACGCUCUUACGUCUGUGUUUUAAACAGAUAGCGCCGGGGCUGGUGCUCGUCCUGCCUUCGCGGGGCUCCCGCCACCCCGGGGGGAUCGCGGGGUUUGGGGGUUUUUACACCGAUUCCUAGCAGCAGGACAGCCGGGCUCCUCGCAGCUGCGGCAGCAGGGCCGGGACGCGCCGGUCCGCUCGUGGCCUCUCGGAGCAGCUCUCCCUCUUUAAUUUAACUUGGGGUUGGUUUGGGUUGAUUUUUUUUUUUUCCUAAUUUUAUCAGCACUAGGACUUCUCAGUCAAUGUAGCUCUCUACUGUACUGCUCGGGUUCCUUUUAAAGAAAUGUGAAAUGUUUUUAAAGUAGGGAAUUUUUUGAUCUUUUCUUGCGACUGUUUUUUUAAUUACCCUUUUUCAGCCUGAGGAAUAACUUUGUUUCUGCGUGGGAUCGGUUCUCAAAGGCGAGGGACAAUUUAGCUUUACCUGGCGCAAGGAGCAGGGCUUUUAUAAGGGAAAGAAAAAGCAGUUACUAGCACACACUGGCAAUAAGGAUACAAACAUUUUUUUUCUUUUCUAUUUUUUAUUACUACAGCAGUGUCAGGGGAUCAUUUCCAUUAUGUUUUAUAUUUAAGAUAAUUAGUAGAAUUAAAUAUAACUGUGGCCUAUGCGAGCCAUGGGAUAUUAAAAGUCGAAACGUCUGCAGCAAUAAGGAAUUAGUGUCUGGAAGAGACACUUGGGUCUAAGAAAAAUACUGUAUCUUCUCUUUGAACUACUACCAAGCCGUAGAUUAUUAAAGCAGCAUAUUUAAAAUACA